CCCCCACCAACUAGUUGCUGGCCAGGACUGGAGAAGGACGGCAGCGUCUCUCCCACUUCCCUCACUCGUCCACACAGGCCUCGUCUCUGCUCCUCUCUCCUCGCAGUCUGGCUCUCCAUCUCGGUGUCAGAGUAACGCACUCUUCAACCUCUGUAGAAACACUGAAAUGUUCAUUUAUUGACUGUGGUGCCAAAGACAAUUGGAGAGGUUGAGUGAAGCUCGAGUGGUGAGGUUGAGAGAACACAGCUGUUAAAGAGGGUAUGCUGCCAGCGGUGCUCACAGAUAGAACCAUCACAACCAGCUGCUCGCAUCGACUCUCAUAGUGGCGCAUGGCAGCGGUGCUCACAGUUGGCACCAUCACAGACAGCUGCUCUCAGACUCAUAGUUAUGUAUCUGUAAAACAUUUGGGGAAUCUCACUGCCCUUUCGAGUUUAGAGCUGUUUAUAUGCCCUUUAAAUUUUUGAAGCGCUGUUAGUCCCGAGACUGAGAGUUAUUGUUAUAUUCAAAUAAAUGUUACUUCAGCUUUUACCGGAGGUAAUCUAUAACUUUCUCCGUUGAAACCGAUGCAAAACACAUGACUUUACUGUUCUUUAUGAGUGGCACAAUUGUUAACAAUAAAGCCUUAUAUAACUGUCAUAUAUGAGCGUUGACUGUACUGCCAACUUGACUGUGAUAACCAUUAUGAAACAACGAAGCAGAUGAUGAUGCUGAACCCCCGUUAUAAUGCAAUACACUUCCUCAUCUUUGAUACCGUGAAGCUUUCAUAAAACAUUCCAAUGACAGAGUUCCUUAUUGAACUGGAAGAAGCAACGCUGACUCUCAAACACAUCUUACAACUACAUGUGGUAGCGAAGAACUGUUAAGAUAAACUAUAGGCUAUCACGACAUUCUUCACACCAUCAGAAAUCACAGAGAGCAUCAGAAUUCAAGGCAUACAAGUAGCAAGUUUGGAAAGGCCAACAGAGACCAUCACUGACAACCCGAAGCCCAGACCGAGCAGGGAAGGGUUACCUUGUCAGCCAGAAGGUGGCUGGGGCGUGAGAUGAGAGGGCUGGUGGGCGGCAGCUGAGGAAUAAUUGAGAGGUGCGCCGGGGCCAGCAUGGAGACCAGCAACGAGGAUGUCGAGGAUGAUAAAAGGCGGUGGUGGUGCACCAUGAAGCCGGCCAUGUGGUACCUGAUUAUGAUUGUGGUGGGUUUCUUCUACGUGUACCUCACUGCCGUCCAGUACAUCCGUGGCCAGGAGGCCAACCAACCCCCCACUAGCUACCAGCCCCAUUACGACCCCCAGUACUACGAUGAGAACCUUAUCAGCUCCUCCAACACGCUGGACUUCGAGUACCACAACUACGCCAAGAUGACUGAUUUCGUGCGUUCCAUGAGCGCCACCUACCCGAACCUCACAGCCCUGUACUCCAUCGGCAAGUCUGUGCAAGGUCGUGAGCUGUGGGUGAUGGUAGUGUCAGCGUCACCGUACGAGCACAUCGUGGGUCAGCCCAACGUCAAAUACGUGGCCAACAUGCAUGGUAACGAGGCGGUGGGCAGAGAGAUGCUGCUGCAUCUCAUAGAGUACCUGACGAAGAGCUACACUACUGACGACUAUGUUCGCUGGCUGCUGGAUAACACCAGGAUCCAUAUCAUGCCUUCUAUGAACCCCGACGGCUUCGAGGUGGCCAAGGAGGGCGUCUGCCGUGGAGGCCAGGGCAGGUACAAUGCUCGCGGCUUCGAUCUCAACCGGAACUUCCCUGACUACUUCAAGCAGAAUAACAAGAGAAACCAAGCUGAAACAGAGGCUGUCAAACAGUGGGUGUCCAAGAUCCAGUUCGUACUCUCUGCCAACCUGCACGGUGGUGCUCUAGUAGCUUCAUACCCCUUCGAUAACUCUCCUAAUACAACCCUGGACUGGUCUCAGCUUCUCCAUAUCUUAAACACAACUCAAGGCAAGGAUGGUAGGGAGGAGGUGGAUUAUAGGAGCGUUUUCCAGCAGUUCACCUCAACACCUUCACUGACUCCCGACGAGGACGUCUUCAGGCACAUCGCGGGCGUGUACUCGUUCAACCACGCCAGCAUGCACCUGGGUCUGCCCUGCAAGCCCGGGGCUCACUCCUUCUCCAAUGGCACCACCAACGGUGCUGCCUGGUACCCUCUUACCGGAGGGAUGCAGGACUACAAUUACGUCUGGCACGGCUGUAUGGACGUCACAAUUGAGCUGUCGUGCUGCAAGUACCCGACGGCUGAUCAGCUGCCUAAGUUCUGGGCUGACAACAAAAAGGCGCUGGUGAGGUACCUGGCGGAGGUUCACAGAGGCGUGAGGGGCUUCGUUAAGGACGAGCAGGGUCGGCCGGUGGAAGGAGCUUCCAUCAAGAUAAGAGGACGAGAUGUUGGCUUCCAGACUACCAAAUACGGAGAGUACUGGCGGGUCCUCCUUCCCGGCAGAUACACCAUAGAGGUGUACGCUGGAGGGUUCGAUCCCCGGGAAGAAGACUUCACUGUAGUGGAGACCAACCCAACGCUGCUCAACCUAACACUCUACCGUGCCGCGCCGCCGCCGGACGCCCUACCCUCCAGACCGCAGCAGGAGCAGCAGCCGCAGUCUGCCGCAGGGGAUCGUCAUGAGGCUCAACGACGACCAUCGUACGUAGGAGGACCCAACCAGCAGCAAGGAGCUGCACCACAGAGCGGUAUAUCCGGGUUUCUCUCCUCCAUCUCCAGCCAAAUAUCUAAUGUCUUCAGUAUCUUCGGUUGAGGAGUGGUUCCUCGCCAGAUGUUUUAUGAGUGAAGUUUAGGCUGUAGUAUAUCGAGCUGUCCUCGUGAGUGGUGUUCGGGAGAGUGCUUGGUUGAUGUUAGAGUGCGUGGUUUACUUGCAGCAAUAUUGAUGAGUUUUGACAAAAUUGACUCCGUUGCUUAACGCUCACUCGGGUUUCAUGCAAAUGGAAGCACAAAGAACCAAAUACCUUACUGUAGGUGUGUUAGUGAGAGGAUGUAGACUUCACUGUGUAACAAAUGCUGUUGUUGUCAGAGUGUUCAUACUAUAGUGUAGGAAAGUGUGGCAUUAGGCUGAGGUGAUCCACUCUUCUGAUGAUACAGAAGUCUUGGACCUCCUGCUGUAGAUCCCUGCCCUUCUUGUUACCCAAGACACUUACCACUAGUAAUUAAGGUAUGUUUUGCUUUAAUUUAUUCUUAAGCUAUUAACUGAGCCUCCCUUUACUGUCGAGGUAGUUUAUAUAAAAGUAAUGUAUGUAGAAUUACUAGACGAUACCCGGGACGAAAGGGCCAUACAUUUUAGUCCAGAGAAUUAUUGUAGUCUUUGUUGUUACCUUUUUCACUUUGCACUUAUUGUUGACGUGAGUUUAUAAACAGGUAAUUAUAUAAACAAUGAAACUGGGUACAAUGAUGUGUAUGAUGAAUAUCCCUUUAAAUGUUGACAGAACCUCAAUUUUAUUGGUUCUGGCUUAAAAUAAUAUUCAGGUGGGACCAGUGAAAUGUAUCAGUUUCAUGAUGCACAUAUUUAGUAUUUUCUUAAAUCGUUAAAUAAUACUUUGAGACAAUUGAGAAAUUACAUAUUGCUUGCAGUGUAAAAAGAAUAACUUAAAAGAUGUUAAAAUAACGUGUUAAAAUUGGAAUAUCAUUGUAGAUUGGGCAGACAAUUUACAGUUACAAAUCUCGGAGAUGUUAACUAAUUUUCUGCACAAAACAGACCACAAUCAACAUCUGCCUUCCAUUGACUGCCUUGUUUGUAGUUGUAGAGUUGAUGGUUGAUGAUAACCUUAGAAACACACGUUCCUAGGUGUUCACCCUGACGAGGUCAGUCUUGUUCUAGCACUUCCUCUGUACAACACUGAUAUAUAUACUAGUACUCUUUACAACACUGAUAUAUACUAGCACUCCCUCUUUACAACACUGAUAUAUACUAGCACUCCCUCUUUACAACACUGAUAUAUACUAGCACUCCCUCUUUACAACACUGAUAUAUAUACUAGUACUCUUUACAACACUGAUAUAUACUAGCACUUCCUCUUUACAACACUGAUAUAUACUAGCACUCCCUCUUUACAACACUGAUAUAUAGCUAGCACUUCCUCUUUACAACACUGAUAUAUACUAGCACUCCCCUCUUUACAACACUGAUAUAUACUAGCACUUCCUCUUUACAACACUGAUAUAUACUAGCACUCCCUCUUUACAACACUGAUAUAUACUAGCACUUCCUCUUUACAACAUUGAUAUAUACUAGCACUUCCUCUUUACAACACUGAUAUAUACUAGCACUUCCUCUUUACAACACUGAUAUAUACUAGCACUCCCUCUUUACAACACUGAUAUAUACUAGCACUUCCUCUUUACAACACUGAUAUAUACUAGCACUUCCUCUUUACAACACUGAUAUAUACUAGCACUUCCUCUUUACAACACUGAUAUAUACUAGCACUUCCUCUUUACAACACUGAUAUAUACUAGCACUUCCUCUUUACAACACUGACUGAUAUAUACGCUUUUAACCUAGUUUUAAAGAUUAAUCUCGAUGAACAUUUAUAAUUACAAGUACUACUAGAGACUUCAGCCAGCCUAAUAUUCCACUUGAGCCCAAGUUAAAACAAUGAAAUUGCUGCGGUAGAAUUUUUUUUUUUUCGUAAAUAAUUUUAACUGGAAAAUUCUUGCAUAAAUGGUUAGUUUCUGCAUCUAUAGGCGAAAAUGCUUUUAACAGUUGAUGGAAAGUUAGUAAACUAGUACGGAAACUGUAACUAAAUUUAGGCAGUCUUUCAGAUAAACAUCAACUUCGCCACUUGGAAUGUUUAACAAAAUUUGAUAAUUUAGAAAUUAACUGUACUUUUGUCUUUAUUCUGCUAGUCAAAAAAUAAUUUAUUUAUUUGUGAGGUAAAGACGAAACUUACGAAAUUUCAAAAAUAUUUAAAAUCAGUUGAAAUGAAAGUUUUAUAAGUAGCCCUUAACAAUAACUGACAGUUGUAGCUUUUUUUUUAAUCUUGUAAAUUGUGCAAGAAUGUGCCACAAGUGAUCACUUUUUUUCAACUUUAGAAGCAGAAUGAAUCAUGUAUCAUAAUGAUGUAUGCAGAAAUAGUCAGUUUACUUUGCUUGAUGUGUAUAUAGGGGAAAAAAUACAUGUACUUAUAACCAAGACUGUUUUCAGGACUCAAAAUAAACAAGAAAUAAAAAUAGGAUAAUGUUACAAGUCAAUAAUGAGCAAAGACUUUGGGCAGUAAUACUACAAGAUUUUUCACUCCCAUUAAAUUGAUGUUUUCUUAUUAAAGAAUUUAGUUUUUUAGCAAAGUAUCUAUUGCAUUAGGUAACAGUACAUUUUGAUGAAUCAUAAUAGUUUACAUGACACUAGACACCUCAAGAAUAUCAUGUACCUCCCUCAGACGUCUUCUGUUAUAUAGACACUGGAUGCUGUUGUUGUAUUAAGUCUUGUUAGGUUCUGUUGAUGUUCAGUAUCCAAUAUUUUAAGAUCAUUAAUUUUACUGCAGAGUCUCAAGUUCUGUUAUGUAGAUAGUAAGUUGUAUUAUAUUGUUUAAUAUAAUAAAUGAGUACCCAUC